CUUGCUUGUGUCUGCAGCGCGUCGGCGUGGCAUGACCAGUCACCUUUUUGAGCCCGUUGAAUGAUAUCGCUUCAUGGCGCGUAUAAUCCUGGAUUUAGGUUUCCCGGCAUUGAAACCUAUCGAGACCCAACCAGUUUCGCGCUUGGCCUCCCCCCUCCAACCCUCGUCGCGAUGCGGGAGGGCGAGAAAAGCUUCAUGCAGAUCGUGCGGCCCCGUUCGGAGCGCAUCCUCCGAGUUGCCUAGAGAAAAACUCAAAUGGCGCGCGUCUUGACAGGUCAGGUUUUGGAAGCUCUCUCUUCACAUGCUUAAGCGCCC